CCUGCGCAGUUCGCUCAACUCCCUUUCUGCCUCUCCUGCCGCCAUGGCUCCCGUGAAAAAGCUUGUGGCGAAGGGGGGCAAAAAAAAGAAGCAGGUUCUGAAGUUUACCCUGGACUGCACCCACCCUGUAGAAGAUGGAAUCAUGGAUGCUGCCAAUUUUGAGCAGUUUCUUCAGGAGAGAAUCAAAGUGAAUGGAAAAGCUGGGAAUCUUGGUGGAGGGGUUGUAACCAUUGAAAGAAGCAAGAGUAAGAUCACUGUAACUUCUGAGGUGCCUUUUUCCAAAAGGUAUUUGAAAUAUCUCACCAAAAAGUAUUUGAAGAAGAAUAACCUACGUGACUGGUUGCGCGUAGUUGCCAACAGCAAAGAGAGCUAUGAGUUGCGUUACUUCCAGAUAAACCAGGAUGAGGAGGAGGAGGAGGAGGAGGAUUGAUGCCCGCUUGCCCGGCUCACUUUGUACAAGUUUUUGAAUAAAACUUGGGAACCAUUCGGUGGCUUUCCUUGUGUCUCUGCAGUGUGGAUUGAACAGGAAAUUGGAAACCAUAGUAAGGGCUUCACUUGGGAUGCCACUCACUGCUUUGUAAUUAGACUUUUCCUGCUUGAAAAUUUCAGUUCUCAUGGUAGUCAUACCAGAAUAGAAGAGUAAGUCUCCUAAGGGAACUGACAAGGAUUUGACAUCGAGCUGCUAUAAGGGUGUGGAGAUGUAAGCUCAUUAGUCACUGUUUUACUUUAAAAAGUGACAGUUUUAGCUGGCGCUUUUCUCAGAUUCAGGAGUACAACAAAUGUGGGACUCCUUAUUCAAUGAAAGCAAAACCAGUGACUUCUAUCUGAGGUUCUCUCCUUGUGGGAAGAUGGCACUGUUGAUAAAAAUGCAGGGUUCUGGGGCAUUUGUCUUUUUUAAAUUUUUAUUACAAAUUAUUCUUGAUGCCCAUCAUUAUCAUGUGUGUUAAUCUGUUUUCUUCCUCUAGAAAUAAACGUCCUUUGGCAUUGCUGCAUACUCUACUGUCCCCCAGGAAAGGGUUUGGAGACUGACUCUAAAGGUCCCAGGUUUUAAAGUGCACAAAAAUUAAUUUGUAAAUAACCCUUGUUUCUGGAAGUCUUUGCAACACUGUCAUUUUGGCUUCCAGCAGGGGGAGCUGGCGAUGAGGAAGAGUAGGGCUUCCAGAUGUCAGCAUUUGUGCAGGUCCUGGGUGGGAAUUCUUUGCUGCCCAGAACUGAGUCUUCACAGGGGAAGGUGGGGAGGGAGGAUGGGCAGGAAGGACAAGUUGAUUAGGAGAUAGGGUUCUGGCUGAAAGAAAUGUUCACACCUGUGGGAUAGUCACUUCCAUGCCAUUUAGGCCAUGGGAGGAUUUAAUAUCAAAAGUCAUUCUACAAGCUGACAUUAAGCAGGACCAAACAGUCUUGUUCCUGCCUGAUACUGGGGUAGAAAAUGAACAUGAUGCCCAUCUUGGGAUCUUAUGGCCAUGUGUGCAGAGGCUAGAGAUCUGUGGAAGAUUUAUCUAAGGCUGUAAAGAUAUAAUUGUUGACAAAACCAGCAGUUUUUUCGAGUGACUUUGGAAAGAGACCCUGAUGCCUUAUGGUGCCCUUCUAAAAUCUAAACAAUUCUGCAGAAAUGUCUGCAUUGUCUUAAAAUUAUGGUGUAUAAAAUUCAUAUUUUUACAGAGUUUGCCUACAGCUAAUUUCCACACCUGAAAUUCUUGUGCUCUGCUAGUUGCAUAAGCUGGAAAUUAGAUGUUGGAGUUCCUACCUUGGCUCCAAUUUAACAUUUGGAGCUCUUUGGAUUGACUUUAACAUGUUGAGGCUUUGCAAUUUCAUUUGUGGUAAAGGCUCUAGCAUUUUCUAUUUCUAUGCAAAUUUGCUGAAGCAGAAUUGUUUGCAUGUUUCUCUGCCCUCACAGAAGGCAGGGUUUCUUUCACAUUUAACUUGGGCAUCAGUUGCUCUUUGGCUCUGCCCCCUACCGUGAUUAGUAACUAUGUUAGUAAGUGUGACUUGGGUUUGCAAAUUUUACUUGUUUGUUGCAUUGAUGUUCCCCUGUAGUAAUUCUUAGUUUGGUUGUAAAAUAUUAACCCUGGGCUGAAAUUAGAAUAUAAGUUUUUAAAAAACUGCUCCCAGAUUUUAAAACUUGUAAUAUAAUUGAAACAUUGGUUUUUCUAUGCCGUUUUGAACUCUUGUAAUUGAGGUUUGAUCACAUUUUAUAUUAAAGUGGCUAACACAUGGC